AUGGCCUCCAACCGGCAGCCUCAGCCUUGGAACGAUGCCUCUGUGCAUGAAUUCGGCAGGGACUUUCUAGCCUUUUCCGUGCAGCACGGCAUAUACUGCGUACCAAUCGACGAUGAAGAACUCAACCGACAAGCCGACUUCUACGACAUCGUCUCUCGAUUGUUUGAGAGACGUCUCUUUCUACCAGCAGACUUGGCUCCAGAGUUCAUACUUGACUGUGGAAGUGGGAGUGGAGUGGAAUGGGCGGAGGAGGUGAUGGAGAAAUCAGAGCUCGGAUCAAGAUCCUCCAGCUCGGGUGAUGAUGACUUUGCGUGCCAGGUAAGUCUUCUCCUUGCGGUAUGGAACCUCAACGAAGCUUUCCGGUACGACCAGACCGAGCUUGCAAGAGACAGGUAUGAUCUUGUCAACUCGUGCUUCCUAGCAGAUGGCAUCAAUAAGGACAGGUGGAGCUCCUAUAUACAAGACCUUCAUGAUCGCGUCCGGCGUGGGGGCUGGCUCCAGAUGGUCGAGGCUCAACUCAACAUCCAAUCGGAUAGCGGACGACCUUUGGAACAUCUCUCGAGGUGGUGGAGCAUCUACAGCGAUGCUUUGGAAGAGCAAAACAAAGACGCAAGAGCUAUGGUGCACCUCAGGCGACACAUGACCAACGCAGGCUUUGUCAAUAUUGUUGGGGAGCCCAAGCGACUUCCUGUUGGAGAGUGGCACAACGAUCCUCAUCUGAGAGAGAUUGGUAGAGACAUGAAAACAAUAGCGUUACAGACUCUGAGGUCACUAGGUGUCUGGCACUGCCGCAAAAGUGGUAUGGAAGAACGAGAGUUUGAAGAGUUGCUCGUGGGGUGUGAAAGAGAGAUCUCGGAUACAAGUCUGCGGCUUUAUAUUCAGUUGUAA